CACUUGAUUGACAGGACUCAGAACCGCACAGAAUCGACCCGUGCAUACGAAAGCAGCCUCGCCGACGUUGUGGUCACGAUCGCACUCCCAGGCCCUAGAAGCCUCUCCUCCGUCCCUCACCGCAGCUCCGAUGCAGACGCAACGCAGCUACAACCCGCUCUUCAAGCGCCCUGGGCCACACGACGCACACCCAGGUCGCUCGCCGUCACCACCAUUACGCUACGUUGAGCCACUGUCGCCCAAGAAGCCUACGCCGCUGGAACCGAGCUACAACUACCCAGCACUCAACAACCAUGUGAACUAUGAGGUGCGCCCGGAAGCGCAAUACGAGAGCACACCGCAGCGGAAGCAGCGUAGUAGUAGUUUCAAGAGCAAGCACCACAAGACCCCAUCUACAAUCGACACACUCGCAGAGGCAGCGUUGGCUCUUAGUCCAGUACAGAACAAUACGCAGGCCAGUCCAGUAUGGAACGGGUUCAGAUAUCCUCCACUACCGCGCCCGAGGAGUGGCACCAACGAGCCACCGCACAAACGGACUCGCUCAGAGGUAUAUCCUUCCUCACUGGUUGGGCAGUAUACUUCGCGACCGGCAACCAGCUACCAGCAAGGUAACACUCGGGCGCGAGUCGCCAUACCGCAGUCGCAGGCGCAGGCGCAUUCGCACGCGGGAGAUGCAUACGACAGUCGAGUCGAAGAAGCUGCGCUUCUGCUGAACUUCCGCACAGGCGGGUGGCCUACGAACCAGUCGAGACUUGCGUCACAAUCGAUUGCGACGGAGCACACAGCUGCUGGACUCAGGCCUCACGCGAACAGCUUUCCACAGGAUCCUCAGCACAGCCGGCCUACCGAUCUCGGAGCCAAUGCUACGCUAUUGCCUCCUUUCAACCCCCAGGCAACUCGUCUGCCACGGCCUACAUUACCGUCACCGAAGCAGUCAAUCAAAGCGUCCGCCGGUAGUCCCCCCGUGAGCGCGACGCAUGCGCUAACACCAGAGAAGCACGGGAGACUUGUCAAACAUGCUCCCCGUCACUCCCAGAUCGACAUCGAAAUGCCGGAUGCCUUGCAGGACACCUCUACAUCACUUGAUCGUGAUGGUCCUCAAGAUGUCAGUGCCGACAUCACUAUGACUGAAACGUUGGAGGGCGCAGUCAGAACGACCUCGAAGAAGAUCACAACGAAGAGCAAGGCACGCGCAUCAGGAACCCGAAAGAGCGUAGUUGAAAGGACAGCUACGAAGCGGGCAGCUUCCCGCAAGAAGACGCCGGAGGCACUGAAGGCAGGUAAAGCUGGUGGUCAGACAGCGGAUUGGUCGGCGAUUAAGCCCGAUGCAAAUCGAAGAAAGAGCUUUGGUGAAGCCGUGCAGGCUCUCACUGUGAAAGAACAGCUGCAGCGUGGACUGUCUGUUCCGCCGGAAGUGCCCAUGGUCGUUCGAUCUGUGCCACGUUCCAAGGACCUGAAGCCAUCAAGGAAGGAUAAGGAGGUCACGGCGGAGACUGUGUGUGCCGGCUGCGAGACGGCUCGUCUGACAGCGAAAGCGAAUCCGGAGCUGGACGAAUGGAUAUGCUGCAACGGGUGUAAGAAGUGGUUCCAUGUGGACUGCGCUGGAUUUACCAAGGCUUCAGAGGUGCGCGACGUCGACAAGUUCUUCUGCAAAGGCUGCGAGCCUACACAUGGAAAGACCACAUAUGUCCGCAAGAGCUCGCGAGCGCACGCUUCGGUAGAUUACGCCGAGCUUCAGCGAGGUGUAUUGAAGACUAGCGAAGAGAGCAUGGAACAUCACUAUGUGCAACCCAUCAAGGACGGCACCUUCCAAUUCGAUCCCGAGAGCUUCCCACGUAUGCGACCAGAACUAGUCACCAGGGCCUUCUUAGAGAAAAGUGGCGCUUUUACAGAGCCUAUAUGCAUACCGGCAGAGUGGAAUCCACGACCGUGGCUGCGUAAAAGGCAGCAACAGAAAGAGCGAGACGACUUUACGGAUAUCGAUGCAGAUCAUCAUAUGGCAGAUCUGGCGACAGAUGAAUAUGAGUACGAUGCAGUGCCUGACGACGGCCAGGAUAAGCUGGAUAUGGUCAUGCCCGAGGACCUCACUGUGCGACAGGUGUGCAAUCUGGCAGGGCCAGACACCCCUUUGGACGUGAUCGAUGUCAAGACGCAGAAUUCUGGAGCGAAGUGGACGCUCAACCGCUGGGCCGACUACUACGAAGAGACUGGUGACGAUAAACCAAUUCGCAAUGUCAUCUCAUUGGAAGUGUCGCACACCAAGCUUGGCCGACUUCUCCGCCGCCCGAAGGUAGUACGUGACAUCGAUUUGCAGGAUGAGGUCUGGCCACAGGAGGAGAGGGACAAGGGCAAGUGGCCCAAAGUACAGUUUUACUGCCUCAUGUCUGCCGCAGACAGCUACACCGACUUCCAUAUCGACUUUGGGGGCAGUAGCGUGUACUAUCAUAUCCUGAAAGGCAAGAAAACAUUUUUCUUCAUUCCACCCAAGGCGAAACAUCUCAAGGCGUAUGAAGAGUGGAACGACAGCCCACAGCAAAAUUAUACAUUCUUGCCCAACAUCACGGGCGAGUGCUACCGAGUCGACCUCCACGAAGGAGAUACGAUGCUCAUUCCCUCUGGAUGGAUACAUGCGGUCUGGACGCCGGCAACCAGCCUGGUCAUUGGUGGCAACUUCCUCACGAGAAUGUCCUUCAAAAAUCAAUUUCGGGUCGUUGACAUCGAGAAAGCGAACGAGACACCGAUGAAAUUUCGGUAUCCAUUCUUCCAGAAGAUCAUGUGGUAUACGGCGAUCAAGUAUAUGAAGGAUGAUCCUAUGCCUGAAGAAGUCUCGCAGGCAUUCCAGGAGGGUCAACGCUUCGACCGACAAACGCCAGUUUGGGCUGAUUUCGAUGGAGACAUUGCCGCGAAUGAUGGCCGUCCUGGGACAAAGAACGCCCGCUACUAUAGCCAAGCUGAGGUCGAUGGUCUGCCCGAACUGGUCACUUUCAUCUUCCAAACUGUUAUGCUGGUGAUGGGUCGUGUUGAAGGCAUCACCCAAGACCGCAUGAAGCGAGUCAAUGCUUCCAUCCCAAAAGGGCAUGGCGAGCCGCUCGAGGUCGCCAAGAGAUUCGCUUUAUGGGUUGCAUGGAAGCGCGGGAAUGAAGAUCCUCCAGCUUGGGCGCAUCCAGAUGCUGUAAUUCCAAACAGCAAAGAAGAAGGGCCACCGAAGAAGUUGUCCACGCGCGCGUUGAAAGAAAUGGAGCGGAAGGAAGCGAUCGCCGCGGGGAGAGUCGCGCCGGACCGACAAAGUGCAAGGGUGAAAAACGCCACGGCUGCCACUAGCAUUUCGACAUCAGCAGCGGGCGCUAGCGUGGUAACCGCAACUCCUGAUCGCGCGACGAGUUUUGCUCCAUCAUCAAAACCAUCAACAACUGGAACCCAACAUCCCAGCAUCGCGGAGCCGCAUCAAAAUAUGGCCGUACAGGCGCCACAGAUGGCGGCGCCGACGGCUUUCAUGAUGAACGCGAUGCCAGGCCAAUACCUCAGCACACCGAAAACUUCCGUGCUCGGGCCCAAGCGCGUCGCAUGCGAUGUAUGUCGGAAACGCAGAAUUCGAUGCAAGCACAAGGACAUGGUCAUGCAAUUAUCACCAGAGCAUAUCAACGGCUUCGCAAACCAAAAUGGGUCCCCAAAUAUGAUGAAUGGUUAUACGGGUCAGGAAAUCCAUGACACCAUCACAGUCACGCCACCCAAGACUAACCAUCACUUUGCAGCAGAUGCAUCAAAUGGCACACAUGUGAAUGGCGCCAAUGGCUCAGGACCGCUGCCUGGCACGAAUGCGUACAUCAAUGCCAAUAUUCCGAUGACUAUGAAUGGCGUUCCCAUAUUUGGCGAUUCGGGAAAGCGCGGUAGGACGAAGGCUUGCAUUGAAUGCAGGAAGUCCAAGAGGCGCUGUGUUCAUGACGAGAAUGGAAACGUAGAUCCUGUGAAGGCCGCAGAGGCACCUGUGCCACGGGGCUCAAUCGCCAAUAAGAAGCACUCAAUCGAUGGCGACAAUACUCCUACACAAAUCAAGAAAAACUCGAAUUCGAGGAGUCCGAGUCACUCUGUGCAGCAUGCACACGAAUUCCAGCACGAGCAAGCCUCGGAAGUGCACGAACCUUCGCCACAGUCUCACUUCCAGCAGCCCACUGGAAACGGAGUCAAAUACCCGCCGCAAUCUUAUCACUCGUCUCCGGAAGAGGACCGCUCGCCAUCGCAACAUUCGCACUUGGCGCCCGAGCAGCAGCAUCUUGGUCAGGCGUCGCUAGACCCGCACCUCUUCGCAUAUCCAGAACCUGAGUCAAAUGAGCCCGUUCAUUACGGAAGCAACGGUUUUCCAUAUCCGGCGCCAGAGAGACCACAAAUUUAUAGUCUUCCUUCGCUGGAACAGAUUGCAAACGAAGUGCUUGACAUGAACGCCGACUACAGACACGAUCCGACGGAGCACGUCCACGUGUACGAUCCGAGUGACAUAGGCGUAUCGGACCACUCGAAAGCAGAUGAGAGCGUCGACUCUGCGAUCUCGCUGCCGGGGAGCGAUGCACUGGACAGCAAGCCUGAGCAGAGUACAACUGUCGACUCUUCCGUUGCCCAGCCUUCUGUCGAGAAUGCAGCAAAUGCGCGACCCAGUACACCGACUGCACAGACAUCCCCCACGUUACAAAAGAGUCAUGUGAGCGACCUGCCACUCUAUCGACCCCCUGCUCCACUUUCAGCCUCUCCCGAGCAGACUCGGCGCCCUAUUGUGAACGGCAACGCACAGCACUCUCCAGCCAAGCGCAAACGAGACUCGAUGUCCCGCACGACUGAUCAGACAAGUCCUAAACGAGCGAAGACCGGCUCCUCAUUUGCAGAGUGCGGUCUGCCUUCUGCCUCUGAUGGUGACGCUGAGCUAGCAAGAGCUCUUCAAGCUGAAAACAAUGGCCUCCGCCGACGCACGAGUGUCGCAGGCAGGUAGCCUCACGUGAUGAGCGUAACGCGAUUAAGGUUGAUCUCCACUCCGGGCUUUGUACAAAUGGCUGAGGCAACGGUUGAUGAAUGGCACUGUGGACUGGCGUUGGGGUAAACUGAGGAAGAGGAGAUAAUGCUACGACAGCACCAUUUCUCGCUCAUUCCGGUAUGUACAGUACGAAUAGACAGACAGUCCCACGCAGGAAUCUCGAGAUAGAGGAAACACAGGCAUCCAAGUCAGCUGCGAUGAGCUUUGGCUUGCGCGUUGUCAGAUUUUGAACAUACGCUUCAACCACGCCUUCAACCUUCAUAUCCUUACUGAAAUGGACGAUUGUCUAUCAUGGUUAGUGGCAGUGGCUGCUUCGCCCUUACAAAGGAAUUCUCUAAAGGCGAAUGAUAGCUGCUACUCAAGGGGUUCUUAGAGUGAAACCUCGAGGACAGAGAGGGGCUUUCUUUGAUGUGGGAAGAUAGUGAUCAUUAUGCUGUCGCAGUAUAUAUCCAUGAUCUUCAUCAACAAACGAGACAUCUCAGAAAUCCAUGCUAUCGUCUUCGCGUUCACGCUUUCCUCGACUCUCUUCCUUCAACAGAUUCGCAACAUGCCCUCUGAAAUACUCCACAUAGGGCUUCAGGCUGGUCUUUUGCCAGUCUUGGACUUUUGCCUUUUGCUCCUCGCUCAGGCUUGAGCCCUGGUUCUUGUCCCACUGGUCAAUCUCAUCUAGGAGAUCCGUCACCAGAGGCACCUUGAACGGGUCGAACUCCUCCAACCGCCUCAUAUCUAUGGGCACACAGACGCGACCUGUGCCCGGAUGAAUGACGAAUGGUGACUUGAGCAGAUGGUUGAGCUUCUUGGAGACCUCAGCAUCCAGACGGGGGUAGGUGUACUCCAGUCUGACGUCUUGUUUUGCCUCCACCAGCUGCUUUGUGGAUAAUGUGCUCAGACUGCCAGCCUCGGCCAGCGCGUCUAUGUCUGACCACUUCUGAGUCGAAGUACGAUUGCUCGCAGAGUCCCAUUUCUUCUUCAAUGCAGAGGUAAGCUUUUCGUCUGGGAUUAGACUCAAAAGCUUCUCGAUGCGUUCGUCUUCCUGCCACGGAUCCUGCUCCGCGAGUAUGUCUUCCUUGAAAUACGGCGUCAAAAUAUUGAGACUUCUUUCGAUGUGCGGAUGCAAGGGACGUCGUCGUAGCAUUCUUUUCGAGUUCUCAUUGCCUUUCAAUACUUCCAAGUAGUUGGCAACAGCCUUGCGUUUGCUAUCAUUCAUCUCCCGAGCGCGCUUGUCACUGAUCCAUGCGUGUGCACCUCUUCGGCCGGAGUAGACCCACAUGAUAUGCUGGAAGCCGAAAUCUUCUCGCAGCGCGGUGUCGAUGACCUUGAUGGCCAUGACGAUGAACCUCCAGCACUUCUUGCAGAUCUUUGUGCCCGAGCAACACGUACGAAUGGGAUCGUAAUCUGUCAUAUCGAUAUCGAAAACCAGCUCUUUCAUCACAGGCUUGAAUUUGGAAGCGCUUUUGAGUGACUUGCGGUCUUUCGGGUUUAUGUUGUACUGCGGUCCGAUUUCGAAUCGCUCUGGCGCCAUUUGCACGCAUUGUUUGCGCAGGAGGUCUGCAGAUGGAAAUGACAAGUAUCGAAUGACUCUGUUCUCUGGCAACCAGAACGAAAACUCUCGAUUUUGGAAGUCCGGUUGGGGUGUUGCGGAGUGGUUGAGCCAUUGAAACAAGGAUCGAAAAGGACAUAGACGCGAGUAGUAUUGCUUCAGCGUUUCUGGCUCAGCGAACUUUGGUUUGGGUGCUGACUGUGGUUGAUGUAUUGGGUGUUCACUGGCGUCUGGUUUAGGCGCACUGGAGGAGAACUCGUCGUCGUCGUCGUCGUCGUCAUCGUCGAACAUGUCAUCCAAGCCGUUACUCGCUGCUGCAGCUUUGGGCGUGUCGCCUGCCAUGUCUACAUCCCCAUCGCUCUCAGCACCGACUCGAGAAGACGCGUCAGGUAGCGCGAUAUCCUCCUCCGUGCUGGGACUAUCACUUGUUGACGAUGUGGCGUGAGGCAUGUCCGCUGUUGCUUUUGCCGUUAUCGUGGUCGCCGUCGUCGUCGUCGUCGUCGUGGGCGG